GGUGGGGAGGGGCUGGUCACCCCGUGGUGCCCUUAUAAAACUCAACGUUUAACCUACUCACGCCGGCUUGUGCCCGCCCUCACAGUGGGGCAUAUUUACGGAAUACACCACGCCGCCGUUGACCCUGACCACUGACCGAGCAACCCAACGUUCCUACCAGCUCCCUCCGCAGGAAUGUGUUUGUUGUACGCUAAAUGAUGUUGCUUGCUGCCGAUAACGACCACCGCUGGUUUUAGUGCGACCAACAACACAAGUGCACGCAGGCCUCGCUUUUUAACAGUCGCCCUGGGGGCCUCGAGUAACCGAACUGCUUCACGUAGUUUUGUGAAAUCGCGUGGGGUCAAUAUUCGUGGCCCAUGUGAAGAUUCGCCGUCACAAGCAACGAUACACUCCGCCGCUCCAAGACGCGGUUGACCUGGCUUUGGCACCUCAACGUGAAAUCGCAGUUGUUGCUCUGCAUCUAUAUCGGCCGUACGAAAUGAUAAUUAUAAAAGUACCAUUUUCUAUGGGAUUUACGCAUGGGGGGUCGCGUAAUUGUGCCAAAUGUUAUCGCCCUCGCCAGGUAUACAGGAGGUCGUGGGUCCGACCCUGACGCCUGCUGUAUAUUUGAAGUUUGCACGUCUCCCCGUGGUCGUGUGUAUUUUUCUCCGGGUCCUCCGGGUUUUUCCCUCCACAUUUAGAAUGCGUGUAGAGGAUUUGGCUGCUAUAAAUGUCCACACGAUAAGCCACUUCACUGGGCUAUCAUUUGUGGCUAGGUCGCGUCUGAAAAAUACCUAUGUAGCUCAGUGGGCCUUACCUGGUAAAAUAAACAUAGUUUAGUUUCAGAAAAUUUUUGCAAGAUCCUGCGAGUGUUUGGGACAUGCGCCAUUACGUUCACACGCCCCACGUUGUAGAACACAGACACGCACAGACAACUCGCCAAUACACCACAAACAAUUCACAAAUACUCCACAGACUACUCACAACAACAGCCGACAUUCGCAACUCAGUGGAGGUGACGUCACCACGAUGCUUGUGCCAGGCUAGGUGCACUUUGAGGCACACACAUCACAUACGGACGUGGAGAAACCAUUCCGUUUUAACAGUUAGCUCCUUCACGCCUCGAACCCUUGCGAACUGCUAGCGAGCACCACACAGACAUGGAGCAACAGAAGAGCUCGGACAUUGAGCAGCCCGUCAAUGGCAAUAACUUAGAAGACUCUGAUGAGGUGGUCUUUGUGUCUGCGGGGCUGCAAAGGCCAGUGGUUGCCUUCAUUGAGCUUUCGGACGAAGAGAGCAACUUGAACAAUCCCAACGAUGAGGGGAAGACGCCUGCCGCCGAGGAUCACGUGGACCGUGUCAAAGCGCGUGUGCAGAGCACACUGGAGCGUCUCGCCCGCAACGUGGAGGAGGACAAGGAGAGUCGGCGUGCGCACAACGAGCUGUUGCGCGUGCAGAGGGACUCGCUGCAGGCGCACGGCACCUACAUGCUGGGGCUGUGCCCACAGAACCCCGACAUGCAGGCGGCAAAGAAAUGCGUCGAGUACUACGCCAAGAAGCCCGCCCUGCGGCCAGGCAACCUGCACGCAAACAGGCGCCAGCAGGCGCCAGGCUGCCCAACUUAUUCUUCGUUCACCGAGGCCCUAAACUGCCCCAUAAAAAACUGCCUGCGCACCUUCGACAACCGCGCUCUGCUGCUGGGCCACAUGAAAAGGUUCGACCACUCACCCUGCGAUCCCUGCGUGAUGCUGAAGGGAGUACCGAUUGUGAAGUACGUGUGUGGCCCGUGCCAACGGAUGUUCUACUCCAUGGUCGAUUACGAGGUACACCUGCUGGAGAAGCUGAAAGAUGACUCAAGCUUGAGCAUCUGCCCCCCCCACAAGCCCGGCGCGUCCCCGCUGUCCUCCCGCCACUUCGCCUGCCCCGACUGUUUUCUGCUCUUCACGCUGCACGACCAGUGCCUGCAGCACAUGCAGCAGCAGGGCCACUUCCGGAGCACCUACCCCAUUGAGAAGCAAAAGGAGCCGUGCCCUAUCGUGUUCCCGGACUACGCGAAGAACAUGCUGGUGUCCCUGUGCCGGGAGGUGGAAUUUACGGUGACGUGCGUCUCCUGCGGGCAGGGACUGCGCAGCAACAAUCACGUCACGGAACAUUUCAGGUUGCGGUGCCAGGGCGGGUGGCCACUGGCACUGGCCAAGCAACCGGUGAGCGACGUGGCCAAGGUGUUCUGGGCAGCCGGGCGCUGCCUGCUGUGCGCUGGCCUUGCGCUGCUCACGGAGGACGACUGCGCCAAUCACGAGGCGGCCACGGGCCACCUGGUGUGGCGCAUCAACAACAUGCAGGUCGCCCUCAUCGCCUUCUGCUACUUCCGCUCGGGCGUAAACAGCGCCGCUGUCAACGACGGCAAAACCAGCAGCAGCAUCGGCAAAAACUAUGACGGAAAGACGGCUGGCUCACACAGUCCACAGCCCAGCACGUCAUCCACCGACACCGGUGCAUUUCCACAUCCCGCUUGCAGCAGCAACAACAACGACGACAAUGGCAGCGGUGUCGGAAACAUCAUCGGUGGCAGCAGCAGCAAGGCUGCAGGCGGCGGCAGGGCGACGGAGGCCCCGCAGUGGGUGUGCGAGUGCGGCAGCGUCCUGGCCACGGAGGACGAGGCCUUCGAGCACCUCGUGGCAACCAACAGCGUGCACUUCCGCUGCCUCGUGUGCCGUACGGUCUUCCUAGCCGAAAGCAUUGUGAGGCUGCACAUGAGCCGCACGCACGGCGGUGCGCACUUAUCCGACUACGAGCGCUGGUGCUGCUCGUGCCGCAUUGAGGUGCCCAGUGGACGCAACGGCAUUGCGGGCCACCUGCUGAACUACCACCCAGGCCACUCCUUCUACUUCGAGCGCCGCGGCGGUGACGACGACGAGACUCCGGCGACGGAAGCGACGGCGGCGCCAGAAUAUCCCGCGACAGAGCCGGCGCUCGGUGCAGCGGCUGGUGGCGCGCAGGGCUCGGAGGCGGCCGGCACGAGCGGGGCUUCCCCGCAGAAGGAUAACACCGUGGCCGUGAGGCCCAGGGACAGUGAUGAGCAGCAGAAGACUCUGAAACCGCCCAGGAAGAAGCACAAGGUUGCUGACAAUCGCGGGCCAAUUUACAAGUGCUGCUUUUGCAAGAAGGCAAGCUAUCUACUGGAGGCUAUUCAUGACCACCUGAAAAGUCACAUGCAGUCUAAUCUAUCCAAAAAGGGCCCGCACUACCUGGUUUUGUGUCCAGAGUGUCGAACGCAGCUGUUGCCAGGCAAAAGCACGUGCCAGCGCUGCGGGAACAGGGUCAGCGGCGGUGGGAGCAGCAGUAACAAUGGGGUUGGGAGUAGUGGUGGAGGUGGUUACCCCUUCUUAGCGGCCUACAUGAAAGUUCAGUUGGACUUGGAGCCCAAGCCCAUGCCAUUUGAGUUCACAGCGUCUCCAUCUCCGGAAAGCAGCCCCGACUCAAGCAAUCAGGAGCUCCCGGACGCCGACUACCUGAGCACCAUGUCACACGUUCUCCUCAUUGACCUGGACAACUGGCCCAACUUCUUUCAAAAACUCCCUGCGCAGCUGCAGACUGGCAUCUUCAUAUGGGGCUUCAAAGGCGGAAGCAACAAGUGGCAGCCACCCAGGGAUUGUGCCGCAUACCGUCAGCUGCAGCAGCAGGGCUGCUUUUUCCUACACCCGCAGUGCAGUGGGCGCAAGGACGCCGCCGACUUCGCCAUCUGCCUGCACGCCGGGCGCAUGGACGCGCAGCUGCCCAAGCACAUCCCCCUGUCCGUGCUGUCGGGGGACAAGGGCUUCAUGGAGGUCAAGGAGCAGUUUGCUCGCACGGGACGCCCGUCACACAUCCUCGACCCCCACAACACUGACGCCAAGCUGCUCUGCGCCCUCAUCAACAGCAUCUCAGACUCUGACAAUGCUGAUGAAGACCUCUAUUCAUACGUCCAGGCUAAAGACCCUGGUCCGCUCCUCUGCCCAGGACUGUCUUCACUGUUAGACGCCGAAGAGGAAGCUGAGCUGAGGGAGGCGUUGGCGCGCAGUCUGAAAGACAUGGGGUCCACGCAGUCCCCUCUUGCAUCCUAACCUCUCUGCGUGACCUGUCCCUCAGUUCACCUCAGAACCUUCAUUUGACCUUCCUUAAUUUUUUAAUGAGCAUUGAUUUUUGAUCAACAGACAGCGCUCUGCUUUGAGCUAUGACUAUUGUAUCAUCCACAUGGAAAGUGACAAAUCUUCAUUCUGAUUAUGCCAGUGUGCUCCAUUUAGGCAAACCAAACAAAAUAAAGACUGCAAAAUAAAAAAACAGAAAUUUUUUAAUGGUGUAACUGCUUGGCGAAAUGAGAUGAUUGCUUUUGUUUAUACUGGUAGGAACCUCCUGGUUACACCAGCCCACAGGGGAUUAUUGUGUCCGUCCGU